AGGGGUGAGGAGGGGUGGAGGAAAACGAAUUUUAGUAUAGAAGUUGGCUUUGUAUUGAAGGAGUACAGAACACUUCAAGAAGAUUGAGAUCUUAAAAAGCAAACAACUUUCACUAAUAUAAUUACUAUUCAUGAAAAAGGAGUUUAACCUGCUGAAUGAAGUAGAUCAAACGUGCUUGUUCAUUAUUGGGAGUUCCCUCACUACAAGGAGGGAAAAGAAAAUGUGAAAACAAAAACCAAAUUCGAGGAGCCUCGUCGACUGACCUCCGAAGUGUCUUGGAGGCACCUGUGGGGCCAGGAAGCGCUCCGCCCUCUCAGUCCCGGGCGCGGUGAGAAAACUAAAACAACCAAAGAAAAAGCAAAACAAAAACAAACAAUGAAAACGUUUAAAAUCCAAGAGGGAAAGUCUGAGUCGGUCUCAAAAUCUGCGCCAUGCAGUGUUCCACUGGGUAGUCAACUGGGCUGCAGAUCCCGGCCGGCCGGAGCAUCGCGGCUGACGCCCUGGCCCAGCUGGAGAGCGUAGCCCACAGCUCCCCCUCGCCAGGCGCCCAAGGACCCUCAAGGCGCGGGGCUCACACUUGAAGCCUGGGAACGCGCAGACAGGAAACCCACUUCCUCCUAAGCAGUUUCUUGCUCGCCGGAUGAGAGCCGCCGCCGAAUCAUGUCGAUGAGUCCAAAGCACACGACUCCGUUCUCAGUGUCUGACAUCUUGAGUCCCCUGGAGGAAAGCUACAAGAAAGUGGGCAUGGAGGGCGGCGGCCUCGGGGCUCCGCUGGCGGCGUACAGGCAGGGCCAGGCGGCACCGCCGGCCGCGGCUAUGCAGCAGCACGCCGUGGGGCACCACGGUGCCGUCACGGCCGCCUACCACAUGACGGCGGCGGGGGUGCCCCAGCUCUCGCACUCCGCUGUGGGGGGCUACUGCAACGGCAACCUGGGCAACAUGAGCGAGCUGCCGCCCUACCAGGACACCAUGCGAAACAGCGCUUCCGGCCCCGGAUGGUACGGCGCCAACCCAGACCCGCGCUUCCCCGCCAUCUCUCGCUUCAUGGGCCCUGCAAGCGGCAUGAACAUGAGCGGCAUGGGCGGCCUGGGCUCGCUGGGGGACGUGAGCAAGAAUAUGGCCCCGCUGCCCAGCGCGCCGCGCCGGAAGCGCCGGGUGCUCUUCUCCCAGGCUCAGGUGUACGAGCUGGAGCGACGCUUCAAACAACAGAAAUACCUGUCGGCGCCGGAGCGCGAGCACCUGGCCAGCAUGAUCCACCUGACACCCACGCAGGUUAAGAUCUGGUUCCAGAAUCACCGCUACAAAAUGAAGCGCCAGGCCAAGGACAAAGCGGCACAGCAGCAAUUGCAGCAGGACAGCGGCGGCGGCGGCGGCGGGGGUGGCGGCGGGGGCGCCGGUUGCCCACAGCAGCAGCAGGCUCAGCAGCAGUCGCCGCGCCGUGUGGCAGUGCCAGUCCUGGUGAAAGACGGCAAACCCUGCCAGGCUGGCGCUCCGGCGCCGGGCGCCGCCAGCCUACAAGGCCAUGCACAACAGCAGGCGCAGCAGCAGGCUCAGGCCGCCCAGGCGGCAGCAGCGGCUAUCUCGGUCGGCAGCGGUGGCGCAGGCUUGGGCGCACACCCGGGCCACCAGCCCGGCAGCGCGGGCCAGUCUCCGGACCUGGCGCACCACGCAGCCAGUCCCGCAGCGCUGCAGGGCCAGGUCUCCAGCCUGUCCCACCUGAACUCCUCAGGCUCGGACUAUGGCACCAUGUCCUGCUCCACCUUGCUAUAUGGUCGGACCUGGUGAGAGGACGCUCCGCCCGUCGUAGUCCGGCGCGCUGCCUCACGGCUUCCCCUCUGCCCGCCACACAGACCACCAUACACCCGCUGCUCCACGCGCUUCUACUUUUCUUAAGAACCUGUCCGCGUUUAGACCAAGGAAAAAUACACAAAGGCCAAACUGCUGGACGUCUUUUUCCCCCUCUUCCUUUCUUUCUAAAAUUUGUGGAUUUUUUUUAAAAAAAGAAAAAGUAAAUAAAAAUCAGCCAAGCAAAUUCAAUUCUUCACGAAGUCUUUAAACAUAGAAGGACAUAGAAAGAACAGCUUUGGGGUGUCUUUUCGGUGAUUCAAAUUGAUUUCCCACGCUGGGGCGGGGCACAUUUUGGAGAGGGCUGUACACUGUUAUGGCUCUGUACUCUGAAGAUAGCGAACUUCACUGUGGGUACACUCUGACAGCAAAGUGGGCUCUCUUGUAAAUAGCAGAUUUUUUUUUUUUUUUUUUUUUUAAAGAAGGGAGGACGGGUGCUGGGGAGAGGAAAGAUUCUUGGACAUAACCCACUUGUCACUGACACAAAGGGAGUGCCUCCUCCCAGGCGCCCUCUGGCCCUAUAGGUUCAGCCCCAGACCGUUCCCUCUGGAAAAUUGUUUUAUGUUUGAUGUGAACUUGUAGCUGUAAAACGCUGUCAAAAGUUGGACUAAAUGCAUAGUUUUUAGUAAUCUGUACAUUUUGUUGUAAAAAGAAACCCACUCCCCAACCCCAGCCCCUCAUUUUUUUAAGGGCAUUGACAAAUCUGUGUAUAUUAUUUGGCAGUUUGGUAUUUGCAGCGUCAGUCUUUUUCUGUUGUAACUUAUGUAGAUAUUUGGCUUAAAUAUAGUUCCUAAGAAGCUUCUAAUAAAUUAUACAAAUUAAAAAGAUUCUUUUUCUGAU